GGCUCAAAGGAUGCAAGCAAACGUUGGCCGUUGGCUUCGCACACAGAGCUUUUUGUGCCUACGUGCCGUUUUCGACGGCGCGUGGGUCCCCGGUUUCACCAUCAGCAGGAGAAAUCCUCCAGCUGAUCUAUCGCUGCCAUGUCAUUGAAUAAGCUGUCUGAAGUCGAGGCCUUUCGAGCACAGGUCCUCCUGGAAGAAGCGCUCAGAAAGCUCAGCUUCCUCACCAGCAUCUCCUCGAGUGCAUCAGUCCAUGGUGAUGAGCUGACCCAGUUCAUGGGCGACGAAAUCUCCCGCAUCAUCCAGGAGCAGCGAGACUUGGAGCGGAAGUAUGAAGAGUUGAUCGCUGCCCGUGGGCAGUUGAAAGGCCUUUGCAACAAGGCCAAGUUCAUGGACACGCAGAAAGAGAUCCAAGACGUGGCACACAAGCUGAAAGAGAGCAAUAAGAGCUUGUGCCGAAAUUUGAAGGAGAACCCCAACGUGCAGGGCAACUUGCAGAAGAUGCAAGCUGAAAGAUCACAAGUCCAAGAGUGGCUUGAGGAGACCAAGACUGAUCUCAUGGACAUGUCUUUCCAGAACCUUGUUGCCAAGGUUGAAGCCGAAAGACGUGAGCAAGAACGAUUGAGUGAAGUUAAAAAGAAGGAGCAGAAGAACUCCCAAGCGGUGAAGGAUUUGGAGGCGGAGUUGCAGCGAGAGCGUGCGGAUCACGAGAAAGAGACGAAGAUUGCAAAUCAAGAGAUCAAGGAGUUGAAGGAGGAGUUGCAGAAGAACAAGACCAUCAGUGAUAUUGAGUUUAAGUUCGAAGAGAAGAAGUGGCGGGCCAGGGAGCAGGCCUUGUUGCGGAUCCACGCGCAAAUGGAGAAGAAAUUGAUUGAGGAGCUGGACCGCUUGCUUGAAGCUCAAGAAAUGGAGACUGCCGUGCAUGAACGAGCCCAUGCUUUCUUGGAUGAGCGCAUCCAGCACUUGCAAGAUCAGAAGGAUGUUUGGACCAAGGACCACGAGAAGGAGGUGGACAAUCGCACGGUGGAGCUGGAGAUGCUGCGCGAGCGCCGCAGCGCGGUGCACACCGAGCUUCAAGAGCUGGAAGAGAAGCGCGCGGUAGAGGCGGAGGACUACAAGGCAAAAGAGACAGAGAUGCGGAAUGCCGUGCUCAUUGAGAAGCAACGUCGUGAACAAUAUCAGCGGAUGGCCGAAGCGGUGCUCUUCAUCCAGAAGCAGGCGCGAGUCUACCUGGCCCGGCUCAACGAGAAGAAGGCGGCCAAGGGAAAGAAGGGCAAGAAGGGCAAGAAGAAGUGAUACAGAAGCAGACAUAAAGUGGGGGGGUGCUUUCUUCCUUUGGCAGAUUGGGGGGUGGCGGCCCAAAAGUCUCUCCACGUGCCACAUGUGUUGAAGUCUAUCCACGGCCACCCGACCCCCACGUCGUUAUUGUUCUUGCGCUCCGCUCUGCUCCAAAAUGGAGUCAAUGGCGGUCUUAAGCCACUGAGCCGUGAAUUUGCUCCAGCUCCCACUAUUGGGGCUGCAUGCUGUCGACCAAAAAAAGCAUGGGCUCAUGAGCCGUGCGGCCGCCAGGGCCUAGCCUUGCACCUCACCCAAGCAGCACCUAACUUUAC